AUGGCCAGCGCGACGGUGAGCCAGGCCAAUGGCCACGGCAGCGGGCGUCUGCCGUCUCCAGAGCUCGCAAACGGCGUAGGGCCAGGCAGGGACAGCAACAGAGCCACAGACACAGACAGAGAUACAGACAGCGACAGCAACAUCUACAACGCCAGCUCCGUUGCAGCCAUCCGGGCGGCGCUCUCGCAGCUCCAGGACCGAGAAGCCCUGGUGACAGCCCGUCUCGACGCCCUGGUGGCCUCGCAGAAGGAUCUCUCGCGCGAACUCGGGCGCCUCGACCUGCUGCGCGCCCACCUGGGGACGCAGGCCAGCACCGCCCGCGCCAUCAGCCAUGAGAUGCUGUCCGGCGCGGCCUCGUCUGCCCACACGCUGUCGAGCGCCGUCCGCAGGCUGGAUCUCGAGCAGUCGCGCGUCCGGUCGAUCCUGGACAUGGUCGGGCAGGUCGCAGAGCUCAAGGCCUGCGUGCUGGGCGUUGCGGGCUCGAUGGGCGCAUCGCAGAACUGGGAGAUGGCGGCCUCCUACAUGCACCGCGCAUCCAAGAUACCAGAGGACGUGGUCAACAGCCCCUUUGCGGCCGAGAUUGUGCCUACCGCAGAGGUGCCGGAUACCCCCAGCGUGACGCUGUCGAGCGCGGCCGAGUCGCUGUGCGCCCUGUUUCUCCGCGAGUUUGAGCACGCCGUGAAGGAGAACGACGGGGCCAAGAUCACCCGGUUCUUCAAGCUGUUCCCGUUAAUCGGCAAGUCAGACGUCGGCCUGGAUGUGUACGGCCGCUAUGUGUGCCAGGGAGUGGCCGCAAGGGCUCGCUCGAAUCUCAAUGCCGGCACGGGGGGUGCGCAGGCAAAGGACGACUUCUUCUACGCCAAUGCCCUGACCAGGCUGUUCGAGCACAUUGCUCAGAUCGUGGAUGCCCACGGGGCGCUGGUUGAGAGACACUACGGCCCCGGGAAGAUGGGCCGGGUGGUGGAACGGCUACAGGUCGAGGCCGAUGUCCAGGGGGGCAUCAUCCUCGAGUCGUGGGCGGAGGAGCGGCAUGUCGACCGCAGACUGACGGAUAUCAAGUCGUAUGCAUUCACGUUCCUGGUCCAGAGCUUUUUGCCAGGUGCCAGGGGGGCUGCUGGCACGCCGCGGUCGAAUUCUCCGGCGAGCUGGGAUACGCCGCAGCGGAACAGUGAAGAUGAAGGGGUCGACAUGAAGGAGAUUGAUUCCAUAUUGAACGAGAUAUCAGUCAUGCUCGGCCGGUGGUCUCUCUACGGGAGGUUCCUAGCCAGUAAAUGCAGGGAAGAUGGUGCCGAUGAUGACGACCUAGAGCUGCCGUCCUUCCUGACGGGCUCUCCGCUGUCUCAAAAGGUCGAUACCAAGCUGCUAUCACCGUACAACGCGAUGACGACCUUCUUCCUCCGUCGGUCGGUGGAAAAGGCGUUUCAGUUGGACGAGGCGCCCGUUGACCUGACCCUGGACCUUCGGAAGCCGCUGGUGUCUAACUCGCCCCAUAUCACGUCUGUCGUGGACGAUAUCAUGUACAUCGUGAACAAGGUCAUCCAGCAGACGCUGGCCACCUCUCAGCGGUCGGCCGUGACCAGCGUGGUGCCUACAAUUGCACGGGUUCUCGGUGCUGACUUCAUCGGCAUGGUUCACCGGAAGAUGCGAGACGAGACGCACCCCAGGCCCGUUGUUCCGGGCGGCCAACCUCCAGCUGCGACGGUGGUGUCCUUCCUUGUGCUUGUCAACAACCUGGACGUUGCCGUGGACUACCUAGAGCGCAUCGUGAAACGACACAUGGAGUCGACGGACACUGGCGGCGACGUCACCAGUGAUGCCAACGCUCAGCCACGGAUUUCUAUGCUGUUCCCGCUUGCCGACGACGCCCAGGUGGUGUUGAGCACGCUACGGUCACUCUCUGCUACUUUUACGUCCAAGGCCCAGGACCUCAUCGGCGACGGCAUACAGGUCAUCUUCAAUAACGUACUCAAGUCCCGUCUCCGUCCUAUUCUUGCGGAUGCCUUCAGGGACACGGAGUACCAGCCCCAGGACGGCGAAGGGGAAGAUGGAGCAGGAGCAGCAGCGAGUGUAGCAGUGGAAGACGACGUCCUGAUGCACCACCAUGAAGCCGGACACCAGAGCCUGGUCCGUCAGCGGUUCGCAGCCGGCUGGCGUGACCUGAUGCUGCCGAUAGCCCGCAUCCUGACGGGCAACACCUUUGACCGUCUCCUCGGCGUGACACUGGCGUCGUUGUCGAGGUUGCUGGAGAAGCGGCUCUGGUCUUACCACGGCCGGGUCAACGCCCUGGGGACCACCAGGCUGGAGCGAGACGUCACUGGGAUAAUCGCCGCUGCCGUGGACGUGGCCGAGAGCCAGGGCCAGCACCCGCACUCUGCUCCCGGGGAGAGAGGCGGCGGCGGCAGCAGCAUUGGCGGCAGGGCAGGCCGGUAUCGCCACCGCGAGACGUUUGCCCGAUGUGCACAGAUCGUGAUGAUCAUGGGCAUGGAGGAGGAGGAGUGGGAGGAGAUCUCGCAGGCAGACGGAGACGUCGUGGACAAGCUGUCUGUGGAAGAACGAGCCCGCGCCAGAUCGAUGGUCAUAUAG